UGAUUUCCAGCGAGGAAGCGUCAGAGUGGAUGCCAAAAAAGAGCGGAGCAGCCGCGGACAAGUUCGUGGCGCUGAAAAAGAUUUUUUUUUCCCCCAGAUAAAAAAAAAGCGCUAGCGGUUCCUUCUUUUUUUGUUGUGGUUGUUGUUGCUGAGGAGCGAGCAGGAGAGGCGAAGACGAGUGAAGUUGCGCGCAGUGUGGCAGACUUUUAGCCGCACAAUUGUUGUGACUCCAGAGGCGCACAAAGAAGCCAAGAAGACGCAGGAGAGGACUAACUAACUCCGCGUCUUCUCCUCUUUUGUCUCCCUCCGCGUUCUUUUGCAGUCCUGCGUUUGACGAAUAUUUUUUAAAGUUUUUUUUUUUUUUUUUUUCCUCCGUGCGUGUGUCUCCCACCGGCGUGUGUGGCCUUUUUUUGUCGCCGAGAGAGCGAGUGGACGCGCGGGGGGCCGAGAGGAGCCGGAGCCGGGCUGCCCACAUGCUCCAACCACCGGCGUGAAAGUUGACUUCUUCCCGACACGAGAGAACAGGUGCCAGUGAUGAUGGUGGAAUCGGCCUCUGAGACCAUUCGAACCACGCCGUCCGGCCAGAACGGAGUCAGCAGCCUCAGCGGCCAAUCGGACGGCGGUGGAGGGAGAGAAGGCGGGUCGAACGGAGACGCCAACGGAGAACUCAGCCCGGUGGACCUACUGCACCUGCAGCAGCAACAGGCUCUCCAGGCUGCCAGACAGUUCCUCCUCCAGCAGGCCUCUGGGCUCAACUCCCCUGGCAGCAACGAGGUCAAACAGAGUCCCGUGCAGGUGCCUGUAUCCAUGGCUAUGAUGAGCCCACAGAUGAUCACUCCACAGCAGAUGCAACAGAUCCUGUCACCCCCUCAGCUCCAGGCUCUGCUGCAGCAACAGCAGGCUCUCAUGCUAUCGCAGUUACAGGAGUACUACAAGAAGCAGCAGGAGCAGUUGCAUCUGCAGCUUCUGACUCAACAGCAGCAGCAACAACAACAGCAACAACAACAACAACAACAGCAACAACAACAACAGCAACAACAACAGGCUGGCAAGCAAGCAGCAAAAGAGCUCGGCAGCAAGCAGCUGGCCUUCCAGCAGCAGCUGAUCCAGAUGCAGCAGCUUCAGCAGCAGCACAUCCUCAACCUGCAGAGACAAGGCCUGGUGCCCCUGCAGCCCACCGCCGCCAUGCAGUCCCUGCAGCAAGCGAUGUGUCCGUCGGACCUCCAGCAGCUGUGGAAGGAGGUGUCGGGGGUGCCAAGCGGCGAGGAGGCCUUGAAGCAAGCCGAGGGCCUGGACUUGAGCACCAACAGCUCCAACUCUACCUCAGCCUUCCCCAAAGCGGCCAGCGCGCACAUGCCACUGCACAGCCUGCCCAAUGGACAGAGCCACACCCCAAAGAGAGACAGAGCCAGACUGUUUGAGUGGAUCUCCUCGUUCACCAAGGCUGACAGUGGAGAUGACCGUGGCCCCCCUUACUCCAAAGGCAACCCUGCCAGCCAUCAUGAGGAGCACGCCGGCUCCCAUCCUCUCUACGGCCAUGGGGAGUGUAAGUGGCCCGGCUGCGAAGCACUGUGUGAGGACAUGGGGCAGUUCAUCAAGCACUUGAACAACGAGCACGCCCUGGAUGACCGCAGCACCGCUCAGUGUCGAGUCCAGAUGCAGGUGGUGCAGCAGCUGGAGAUACAGCUGGCCAAAGAGAGCGAGCGACUCCAGGCCAUGAUGACCCACCUGCACAUGCGCCCCUCGGAGCCGAAGCCUUUCAACCAACCUUUGAACCUGGCAUCCAGCGGCUCUUUUCUCAAGCGGGACAGCGACCUCUACCCAGAGGGCCUCCCUCACCCACCCACCUCAGCUGCGACCCCCAUCACUCCGCUGCGCCAGGGACCCUCGGUCAUCAGCUCGUCCAGCCUCCACAGCCACUCCCACGCGCACGCCGUCGGGCCCAUACGUCGGCGCAACUCCGACAAGUACUGCACGCCCAUCGCCUCAGAGCUGGCUCAGAACUGUGAGUUCUACAAGAACGCUGAUGUUAGGCCCCCUUUUACUUACGCUUCUCUUAUACGCCACGCCAUUCUGGAGUCCCCAGACAGACAGUUGACUCUGAACGAGAUCUACAACUGGUUUACACGGAAGUUCGCCUACUUCAGGAGAAACACGGCCACGUGGAAGAAUGCCGUGCGCCACAACCUGAGUCUGCACAAGUGUUUUGUCCGCGUGGAGAACGUGAAGGGGGCCGUGUGGACUGUGGACGAAGUUGAAUACCAAAAGAGGAGACCACCAAAGAUGACCGGGAGUCCAACUCUGGUGAAAAAUAUGAUUUCAGGCCUGGGCUUUGGAUCCCUAAACGCCAGCUACCAGGCAGCCCUGGCAGAGAGCAGUCUGUCCUUGCUCAACAGCUCUUCCCUGGUGAACCCUCCGUCUGCGGCCAGCCUCAACAUGCUACAUGUGGGCCACGACGACGUCAGCUCCACCGUGGAGCAGGUCAACAGCAACGGCAGCUGCAGCCCCACGCUCAGCCCGCAGCAGUACAGCCACGCGGUGCACGUGAAGGAGGAGCCCACCGAGAUCGAGGAGGACUGUCGGCCCAUCUCCCUCCUGGCCGGCAUCACACACGGCCUGCCGCUGUCGAGCGACGACCGUGACCUGGAGGAGGACAUGCCCACCGACGAUCUGGAGUAAGAUGGAUCCAGGGGGCGGGGCUUAGGCAGAGCAGUCUCUGAAGAAGAAACAAUAGCAAAAAGGAAACGAAAACAAGUUUUCUUUCCUUUUUUUUUUUUUUUUUUCGAAUAUUUGUCGUUACGAGCAAGCAACCAAGGAUGACAUUAAGAAACUCCAAGCAGGGUUUUAAAGACCUCCAUCAAGUACUCUUUAACUCGCCGUAUCACACACACGCACACACACACACACACUCACUCACACACGCACACACUCCGUCACUUGUCCAAGCCUCCUUCCAAACUUCUCUACGGAGACCCCAAGGAGGUUUGGACCCUCCCUCGAGGAUGGCGUGUAUAUAGCUUUGGAGCAUCUGCCCUGGGGGCGGAGUCUAAGGGGGGCUGUGCAGUAUCCCCCCCCUCCUCACCCCCCCAUUGGAGUCAAUCAUUUCAUUUACCAAACUCAACUUUUCAGAGAAGACGGACGCUUUCAAAGAAUACCUCGACCCGUGCUCUCUAGGAGGGGGGUGCGCAGCAAGGGGGGUGUGGCUCCUCACUCACGGACAUCUUUUAGGCUUUUAAGUGAGUUAUGAAAAACAAAAAAAAAGAAAGAAGAAGAAGAAGAACACACUGCCCCGGCCACCCAAAAAGACUGCAAGCAAAGGAGCGUCCCCGUUUGGGAUGGAGGGAUGAACACUCGUAGACGGAAACAGCCAGAAAUAUUGUGACAAAAAAAAAAAAAAAGGAACCAGAUGACGAUAUGGAAUAUAACAAGUGUGGUAGCUUUCUUUGUCAGUUUUUUGUUAUGUUGUUAUCAUUCUUUACUUUUUGCGAUGAUUAUUUCCAUGUUAUCUUCCUUCAGGACGUUGUGUUUGUUUGGCACCAUUCCUUUCCUAAAGAGUACGACUAAAGUAGAAAAACGCAGUAUUGUCCCUUCUCCCGUUCACUGCCAAAGUGUCGCCGGGCUAGAAAUGUGGAGAUAGCACUUAAUACCUUUUCCGUGGGUCCAGACAGGAUUAUUUCCAUUUGCUUGUUUUAUUCCGCUUGUUUUUUUCUUUUAGUCAAGAGAUGUGAGUCAUGCUUUAAAAGAAAUGUAUAUGAAUGCAGUCUUAGAGUACCUCAUCCUACUCAAGUUCCAGAUUGACGGGAAGUAGUUUUCGUAGGACACCAAAACAAGGCUGGAUUCAAAGCGCACGUGUUCGAGGAUCGUCACCUGACUUUUAGACAUUUAAAAAAAAAAAAACAUUACCUUUCUCUACAGUGCCAUACCAAAUUGAACAUUUGCUUCGAAAAUAUCUGCUUCUCACUCCCGCAUUCUUUUUUUUUUUUUUACAGGUAACCAAAGAAAUGUUUAGAAAACCAAAAACCCUUUUCUUUGUUAUUAUUUUACUACUAUUAUUAGUAUUAGAGUCUCCCUUCUUAUUCUUUAAAAAACUGGCCAAAAGACAACAAACCAGAAGUUUUGAGCUGUUUUUUUUUUUUUAUUGUGAUGUUUAGUUUGUUUGAAAGUUGAACAGGACUACAGUUGCUGACCACACCCGCAAACCAAAGUGAAAACUGGAAAAUGGACUUGGAAGCUUUUGUCGGUUAAAAACUGCUCGCAUCAGUGAUGAGGCCAAAUACACAGAGGAGUUUUAUUACACUUAAAAGGAAGAAAAAUGGUUAAAACCACUGCAGAGAAAAAAAUAAUCAUAUUUUCAUCUAGUCAUUUACAAAAAAAUGACCACCUUUUUUAAAAAAAAGUCACAUUUUGAUCAUUUUUUUCCCCAAAAAUUCUAUUUUUCUUACAAUUUUUUUUUCCCAUUUACAAAUUAUUUUUCUUCACAAAAUCAAAUUAUCAUCGGAUAUUUUUUUACUCAAAAUGUUAAAACUUUAUUCCCAUAAAACGUUACCUUUUUUUACAUGAAAAAUGUCGUCAUAAGAAUAGCUUUAUUUUAGCAAAAUUACUUUAUUCUGAUAGGACUUACAAAAAUGACUAGUCUCACAAAAGUAAAACUUUUUUCUUAUAAAAUAAAUUUUGCAGAAGUAAGAUAUUCUUAAAAAAUGCAUCAUUUUUCAUUAAGAGAAAGAUUUUUCCAACUAAGUCUCACCUUAUUUUCAAUUUUUAAAAAAAUACAUUUUGAUAUAAGAAGAAAAUAAUUACAAAAUUGUAACUUAUAAUUCAUUAUAAAAAUAAAACUUUUUUUUUUUUUAUCCAUUCAGAAUCUUCAGGCUUUAUCCCAUAAAAUAUUACUUUUUUCAUGAAAACUACUACUGUCAUAAUAAGAUUAUGCUUUUUUUUUUUUAGCAACAUGUCUGACUUGAUUUAGUUAGGACUUACAAAAAUUACUUUAGUAUCACAAAAUCACACCUUUUUUCCUCCAAAAAUUACUUUUUGCAGAAGUCAAAGAUUUUCUAAAUUAACUCUCACCUUCUUUUGAAAAAAAAACCAACAAUAAUAACUGAAUCAUGAUUAAAAAAAAUUAUAUAUAUUUGUUUCAAUAUUGUCAGUUAUUUUGUAUUCAGACUUUAUUCCCAUGAAAUAUUACCGUCGUCAUAAGAUUAUUAUUCACUUUUUUUUUUAGCACAAUGUCUGACUUUAUUUUGUUGGGACUCACAUUAAAUGCUUAAAUCUUACUAAAAAUAUGCUCAUCUUAAAAAAAAAAAGAAUUUUACUUUUUUCAUGACGAUUUAGUUUUUCCAUUAAUAUUAAGACUUUAGUCAUGAGUCAAGAUUAUUAUUUUUAUAUUCAGACUUUAUUCCCAUAAAAUAAUACAGUCAGCAUUUUGUAUAACCAAAAUGUCUGACUUUAAUCCGUGCAGACUCACAAAAAUCUAUUCUCUCAUCUCAUAAAAUUAUUUUUCCUCCAAAAACGAGGAUACUCCCAUAAAUGGCGUAAUAUUAAUGAAGAACAUUACUUUUUUCCAAAAUCAUCCUCACCUUACGACUUUUUUCUUCUUUGCAGUGGAAGUACUACUCCUUGGUACACAAUAGUAUUACCAGCAUGCACAGUUCCUCUGGCAAAGACAAAGAAAAAACACUUACAGGUGAAAAGCCUGCGUCUGGUGUCGUCGGACUUAAGUGUGUUCCAAACACGAGCGGAACCAAGUCGUUCCAAAAAUGUGUGGCGACAAGGAAGGAACAGACAACCAACGCUCACAAAGUCGAUAUUUAUGUACGAGGGCAACAGCCGAGAGACGACACGUAUCCAAGAAGUUCUUAACCUUUGCACUUCAUGCCAUUUUUCUUAUUUAAUUGAACUGAAAAAAGACAGACCAAAAAGAACACUACCUCCUUUUCGGAACUCUGCGAUGUACACUAGGAAGGGGAUUCGUAUGUGGCGGUUUACCUGACACAUGAAAUGUGACAAAUUGGGGGGAUGCACUAUCCACUUUAGUAAAUAUCUUGAAAUGUGGCAAUUCCAACUUUGACCACUGUUGCUAUACAGAGUGGCGCUUUCCAUAAUUUUCUGCAGACUGCAUGGCAAAAAUUAUUUACCCCCCUCUUCCUCUUGCGCGAGAUCCACCCAGGAAUGGGUGAUGAAUCCCUUCCCUACUGUACUUCCUUGUGCAUCCUUGCUGAAUAACCACGACGACAAAUGCCUAAAAUGUUGGUUCUUAUCUGGUCUCCCUGACACCAAAACCGAAGAUCUGUUAAAAAAAACUACCUCGCUCUGGCUAAAAACCAUCAGGUUUUGAUGAAUUGAUCGCACACACACACUCACACACACUUACUUUGAGCAGGGGUGUCCAAACUAUGUUCCGCGGGCCAAGUGGAGCCCGCCGGCGUGUUCAUUUUGGCCCGAGAGACGUCAUGAGAUUAGUAAGGACUCUGGCCCCCGGGGAUCCUCCAUCUUAAUUUGAAACAUCUGACAGUAUAUUUGCUGCGAUUUAGUCGCCCUCAUGUGGACUUUGUGGGUAAUUCCAAUUAAUGACCAUGAAUUGCACAUAGCAGUGUACACAGCUCGGCAUUUUUAUACAAACAACCUUUCCCAGUCAUGGCGCAAACAACCAACACAGAAAGUCGACACACGUGGUCGCACAUAACACGACCUGCUCACUGAUCUUUAUGGGUAGUAUAAGAAAAAUGUACAAGCACAACACAUAAUUCAAAAUUACACCCGUUCAAAUCCUCUACAGUCAUCCAUGUAUGGCGUAUUUUAACCGCUUGAUAUUUCUUUAAGAAGGUCAUCAAGUAAACAUGGUAGGAGUCAAAUUUUUACAUACUCUUAAUAUCCAUUGGGCGGUAUAGGUUCGGUUGGUAGAGUGGCCGUGCCAGCAACUUAAGGGUUCCAGGUUCGAUCCCCGCUUCCGCCAUCCUAGUCACUACCGUUGUGUCCUUGGGCAAGACACUUUACCCACCUGCUCCCAGUGCCACCCACACUGGUUUAAAUGUAACUUAGAUGUUACAUUUACAUAUAGGUUUCACAAUGUAAAGCGCUUUGAUUCACUAGAGAAAAGCGCUAUAUAAAUAUAAUUCACUUCAAUUAUCUUAUGUAUUAAUUAUAUAUACCCAUUAUAUUAAUAUAUAUGUAAAUAUUUAAAUAUAUGUGUGUGUGUGUGUGUGUGUGUGUGUGUGUGUG